AUGGACAAGAUGAGUCAAUAUGUGCAUGUGUUCAAUCACUUCGAUGAAAAUGGAGAUGGCAAGAUAUCAGCGGUGGAGCUACGGCAGUGUGUGGAGGCGAUUGGCGGGGAGUUGUCGGAGGAGGAGGCGGAGGCUGCGGUGGAGCUUCUGGACGGAGAUGGGGACGGGUUGCUGGGGUUGGAUGAUUUUGUGAGAUUUGUGGAAGAAGGGAAAGAGGAAGAAAAAGUGAGAGACUUGAGAGAGGCUUUUAAGAUGUAUGAAAUGGAGGGAUGUGGUUGCAUCACCCCAAAGAGUCUCAAGAGAAUGCUUGGAAGAUUGGGUGAGUUUAAGAGUGUUGAUGAGUGUAAAGCUAUUAUUGCUAGGUUUGACCUUGAUGGUGAUGGGGUGCUCAGUUUUGAUGAAUUUAGGGUCAUGAUGUUGUAA